ACGUGUUUCUUGUUUGCAGCUGAUAACUGUACUCUGGAGGCUGAACCAGGUUUUUGCUUUGGUAAUUUUCCGCGUUAUUUCUACAACAUUGCCACUGCCCAAUGUGAGCAGUUCAUCUAUGGUGGUUGUCAAGGCAACGGUAACAACUUCGAGCUACUUGAAGAGUGCCAGACUUUCUGUAUGUGUUUCUUGUUUGCAGCUGACAACUGUACUCUGGAGGCUGAAUCAGGUAUAUGCAGGGGUAAUUUUCCGCGUUACUUCUACAACAUUGCAACUGCCCAAUGUGAGCAGUUCAUUUUUGGCGGUUGUCAAGGCAACGGUAACAACUUCGAGCUACUUGAAGAGUGCCAGGCUUUCUCCAGCGAUUGUACCCUGGAGCCGGAGUUGGGUCUAUGCAAGGGUCAUAUAGAGCGUUACUUCUACAACAUCACCACUGCCAAAUGUGAGACCUUCUUCUUCGGUGGUUGUGGAACCUACCCCAACAACUUUGAGGACGCUGAAGCUUGCCAGGCUUUCUGUGUCUAA